GAAGUUCUCGGUUUGACUUGGUAUCCCUUUCGGCUUUCACAUCCAGUCUCGGGUGUCCGCGACAUCCGGUCCUUCCGGGGUACUGGAGUCCCCGCCUCUGGUCCCGGGCAGCGCACACCUGGCGAGGGGGCGAGGUGGGGCGGGUGAGUCACCGCGGGCGGGUGGGCGGGCGAGCGGAGGUGAGGGCGGGGAGGGGCGUGGCCGGCCGCCGGGGCAGCAGGUCCGCAGGUCCGCUCCCGCCUCGCCGCGCGCACAGCGCUCAGUCCGUCCGCCGCCGCGCAGCGCGACUGUCCUCCGAGCCGUCCCGCGCCGCACCUCCGCGAGUCCCCCUCGCCGCUCCGCGCGAAGCAUGGCGCGUCCCCAGGCCCUCGCCUUCGGGCUCCUGCUCGCGGUGGUCACAGCGACGCUGGCCGCGGCUCAGAAAGACUGUGUCUGUGACAACUACAAACUGGCAACAAGUUGCUCUCUGAAUGAAUAUGGUGAAUGCCAGUGUACUUCCUAUGGUACACAGAAUACUGUCAUUUGCUCCAAACUGGCGUCUAAAUGCUUGGCGAUGAAGGCGGAAAUGACUCACAGCAAGUCUGGGAGGAGGAUAAAGCCCGAAGGGGCGAUCCAGAACAACGACGGGCUGUACGACCCCGACUGCGACGAGCAGGGGCUCUUCAAAGCCAAGCAGUGCAAUGGCACCGCCACGUGCUGGUGUGUCAACACUGCCGGAGUCCGAAGAACCGACAAGGACACGGAGAUCACGUGCACCGAGCGCGUGAGGACCUACUGGAUCAUCAUUGAACUAAAACACAAAGAAAGAGAAAACCCUUAUGACCAUCAGAGUUUGCAGACUGCCCUUCAGGAGGCGUUCACAUCUCGAUAUAAGCUGAAUCAGAAAUUUAUCAAAAACAUUAUGUAUGAGAAUAAUGUUAUCACCAUUGAUCUGAUGCAAAACUCUUCUCAGAAAACACAAGGUGACGUGGACAUAGCUGAUGUGGCUUACUAUUUUGAAAAAGAUGUGAAGGGGGAGUCCUUGUUCCACUCUUCUAAGAGCAUGGACCUGAGAGUGAACGGAGAGCCGCUCGAUCUGGACCCCGGGCAGACUCUGAUUUACUACGUCGAUGAAAAGGCACCCGAGUUCUCCAUGCAGGGCCUCACGGCCGGGAUCAUCGCUGUCAUUGUGGUGGUGUCAUUAGCAGUCAUCGCUGGGAUUGUUGUCCUGGUUAUAUCUACAAGGAAGAAAUCAGCAAAAUACGAGAAGGCUGAGAUAAAGGAGAUGGGUGAGAUCCACAGAGAGCUCAAUGCCUAGCCGUGUUGAGUGUUGAACUGAGGAGGGGGCCACCCGACGGGAAGUGGCAGAAGAGCUUGGACUGCAGAUGUAUAAACCUGGGGAAGAUGAAGACCUACGAAGGGUUACUGCUUUGUUAGUUACUUUGUUAGUUUCACAUUUGUAACAGUGAAAUUUGUACUCAUAAAUACGAGCAGCUGGACACCGGCAUUACCGAUCGUAAAAUUAGACGAAUGUCUUCUAUGUGCAGGUCCAGUGUGGAACUCAGAACUUAGCCUGCAAAGUUAAGAUAGUUGAUGCUUAUUAUGACAGAGUGUGCAUCACAAACAUUCCAACAGUAGAAUACGGUGACUAGUCUCAUUUUUUUGUGUGUGAUUAAAGCUGCCCUUCUAUAUACCCGAGUCUUGUACAUAAUAAACUUUUUUUUAAUGAAAUAAAACAUUUUAAAGUGAGUUUCUAAGUUUGUUUGAAUCAAAUUUUCCUAGCAUAUGCAUAAUUAAGAUAAUAGAUCUCUAAAUGCUCUGGCACUGCUAACUGGUACAAACCUAUAAUUCUGUACUUGGGAGGUAGAGGUAGGAGGGUUACAGCUUCCAAGGAGUUGUUGUGUAUAUGGUCUGCCACUGACUGGCCUUGGCUAUCCAACUCCCUAUCUGAAAGAAAUAAAAGUCAAACUUAAAAAA